AUGACAUCCAACUGCUCACCUGCCUCUGUCAAGAGCAGCCCCCGGUCCUCCUCUGUCUGCUCCAGCAGCAUGAACUGCCGGCCAGAGCUGUGCCUGAACUACGUCUGCCAGCCCAUGGCCUGCGUGCCUUCUGUCUGCAUGCCCACCACCCACCGGCCGGCUGGCUGCCUCCCCAAGACCUACAUAUCUAGUUCCUGCCGACCCAGUAGCUGCCGGCCAACCGGUGGCAUCUCCAGCUCCAUGGGUACCUGGAGCUGGUGCUGCGAAGGGACCUUCAAUGGCCACGAGAAGGAGACCAUGCAGUUCCUGAACGACAGGCUGGCCAACUACCUGGAGAAGGUGCGGCAGCUGGAGCGGGAGAACGCAGAGCUGGAGUGCAAGAUCCAAGAGACCUGCCAGUCUCAAGUGCCUACCAUGUGUCCUGACUACCAGUCUUAUUUCAGAACCAUUGAGGAGCUCCAGCAGAAGGUUCUGUGCACCAAGGCAGAGAACGCCAGGAUGGUCGUGCACAUCGACAAUGCCAAACUGGCGGCUGAUGACUUCAGGACCAAGUACGAGACGGAGCUGGCCCUGCGGCAGCUGGUGGAGUCAGACACCAAUGGCCUGCGCAGGGUCCUGGACGAGCUGACCCUGUGCAAGGCCGACCUGGAGGCCCAGGUGGAGUCCCUGAAGGAGGAGCUGCUCUGCCUCAAGAGGAACCACGAGGAGGAAGUCAGUACCCUCCGAUGCCAGCUUGGGGACCGCCUUAACAUUGAGGUGGACGCUGCGCCCCCUGUGGAUCUGAACAGGAUGCUGGAAGAGAUGCGGUGUCAGUAUGAGACGGUGGUGGAGGCCAACCGCAGGGAUGUGGAGCAGUGGUUCAACACACAAAUGGAGGAGCUUAACCAGCAGGUGACCACGAGCUCUGAGCAGCUUCAGACCUACCAGUCAGACAUCAUUGAUCUGAGACGCACGGUCAACACGUUGGAGAUCGAGCUGCAGGCCCAGCACAGCCUGAGGGACUCGCUGGAGAACACGCUGGCAGAGACCGAGGCCCGCUACAGUGCCCAGCUGGCCCAGAUACAGUGCAUGAUCACCAACGUGGAGGCCCAACUGGCGGAGAUCCGCUGCGACCUGGAGCGGCAGAACCAGGAGUACCAGGUGCUGCUGGACGUCCGGGCCCGGCUGGAGUGCGAGAUCAACACGUACCAGAGCCUGCUGGAGAGCGAGGACUGCAGGUUGCCCUGUAACCCGUGCUCCACGCCCUCGUGCCCGCCCUGCGCGCCCUCGCCUGCUGUGUCCCACACCAUCUGUGUGCCCCACACCGUCUGUGUGCCUUGCGUGCCCUGUCCCCCAGGCCGCUACUGA